ACAGUUGGAUUUGUGUGGGGAGAACACUUCCUAUUUGUUGAAAUCUUUGAGGUAUCAACUCAAAAAUUAGUAAAAGUUAAUGAUGUGUACCAGUAAACAUGUGUAUGUGCUGCUAUUAUCUUCAUGUAUAGAGAUGUGUACCCGUAUUGCGAUUGGUUCAUAAUGACUAAAGCUUCCAAGAAAAGUUAUUAACCCAUUCUCUUUCCUGUUCCAAAUUACAAUAAGCCAAAUGUCACGGAUGAAACAGUUGACAUACUUCCCCCAAGACGAUAAAGAGAUGUGGAAGAAGUAAGAUUAGACUUAUUAACAACUAAUCUGAGAAUAGACGUCCAGUUAAAUGCUUAAUGUGUCACACUAAAGGACAUAACCGAGCCGCAUGCACUGAACCUAUCCAGGACUAACAUUUUUGGCAGAAUUAAAGCUCUUUUGGGGGUUGUUGUCUAUUAUAUGUUAUUUCUAUCAUUUUGUUAUGACAUUUAUAUGUUAAAUAUGUUUGUGUGAUUUAUUGGUAUUAACUGUGAUACUUGUAAGCUUUAUACCUUCAGAUUCUAUGUAAUAUGCUAAAGAAAAGUUUAUAGAGUAAUCACAAAUGCACAUUUCAUCAUUGUCACCAUAAGUCUCAAAAUUUACAAAGAAAUUAGUCAUAUCCAACAUAGAAUUAUAUUGUAUGUGUUUGUCUAAUACUUUUACUCAAUCAUUGGUACAUCAUUAUCUACAAAAUAUAAAAGAUAUUCAGGAUUAUCUACAUCUAAUUUCAAUCCCAGCUUCUUAAUUCAGGAUUAUCUACAUCUAACUUCAAUCCGAGUCUGCAAACGUCGAGCUUGCAGUCGAUGGGGUCCUUGUCGGAGUGAAGACGAUGACGAGCUUUCUUAUUCUAACCGUAGGGGGGGUGACGACGAAGCGAAGACAAUCAAGGAGCGUUGAAGAAGAUGGAUCAAAACUGUAAGGGUCAACGACGGACAGCUUGCGGUGUCGGCUGUCGGGAUCCUCGUCGAUGGCGGUGAUGGAGUGGGAUCUUGAGAAGAAGAGAGUGAUAAGAAAAAGUAGUUGCAGAUGAUUUCAAAAAAGAAGAGGGAAGAAGGUACUUCUAAUUUGAAGCCAUACCCGUACCUGACACGUACCUGUACCCGUACCAAAACUCCCUGGACACUCCUUGCAUAUAUGCAUACAUUGCAUAUAAGCAUACAUUUUAUUCGGCAGUUUAUGGAGGUUUGUUGCACGAGCUCAGGUAAGAUAAGACGCUUUGCAGCUGGAACAGAAGCGGGAUUUGCAUUGUGCGUAAUAAACAAGAAGAUAGAAAAUGGGGCUUCACCAGCCUUAUAUAUUGAGGCUUGCAAAGAAGGGGAAGAGCCUAUAACUUUUGGUCCUAAUGCAACUCUUGUCAAUUAUGGCAAAGAGUGGAAGUUACAGACAGUUACUGAAAGAGGAUUUGGAGAAGCAAAACCGAUGCAGCAGAUAUCAAAGAGAUUUUCUAAUACCAUGAACUUAUCCAGUGCUCGAUCACCAAAUGGAACUAUACGUGCAUCACAUGCUUCAAUUAGUUUCUGGUAUAUUGGGAAGAUAAUAUUCGCUUUUUUCCAUCAUUUGUUUGCUUGCAGGAAUGCUUACUUUGUUUCUAGAAAACUUCCAGCACUAAUUUUCUUAUGUGAACUCCGCUUUGUAAUUAUGUAUUUAUUUAUUUAUUUGUGGUUUAACCAUCCAAAAGAAUAAAUCCGUACAUCUUGGAGGGUUUUCUGCCCAGCAUACAACUCCACUCAGAGGAGCUAUGUGAAUAACGAAUUUACAGUUGAGCAAAAUUGCACUCAGAAGAAAGCAUCUUGUGAAAUAACUGAUGAGCGAAAUAUAAGUGACCUCCUUGAUCGAAAUCAAGUCAUGUGAUGUUUGUAACAAACAUUUUUUUUUACAUUUAUAUGGGAGAAAUUAAAUCACUAUUUUACCAACUAA